CGUGCUAACUUGAAUUAAAGGUCACGUUAAGUCUCUUUCUCGAAAGGAAAGCUUGAUAAUAGGAGAGAAUAUCAAUGUAGGAAAUUCUAAUUACAAUCAUUCUGCAGCUCAGCGGUCAGGUUGUAUGGUGUGAGAACACACUGGUGCGAGAUUUGACUGUCAUCAAACUACAUGAAUGCAGGACUUGCAGGUGUCAAAAAUUGUAUAUUUCAAGUUCUAGAACUUUCCAUUUCUUCGGUGCAAAAAAAAAAUGUGGAAAAUCUGGACAAGAGAUUCCAUUAACAGAUAAUUUUCGUUCAACACGUCACGUACGCAGAACUUGCAGAGCAGUCCGUUGAACCAGACUCAACUUAAAUACACCUCGAAGAUUACGAAAAGUUCAACAAAUGGUCUUCAAACCUAAAGCCUUGUAACGAUCCUCCAAUCUCAUGGGUACCAUCAAGAUGUUUGCAUUUCUUUAACUGCGGCUGGAUUGGUAGAUAAUUUUUCGUCUUCAUCAGUGAGUAGAUUGCUCAUUUGGAAUCUACAGAGCACGCGAGAUUUCACCGCAAAUGAACGAGCUAUGGAUUCGAACAUUGUCCUUGUUUUCAUAGGAAUUCAUCUUGUUCUUCAUGCAUUUUGUGUCAGGGAAGUUUUAGGGGAAUGUGGGGGUCACAGGGAUAGUUCCUCAGGGACCAUUGAAUCUCCUAAUUAUCCAAAUGGGUACCCUGUGGAACAGAACUGUAUCUGGACUGUAGCUGUUGAAGGUUCGGUGAAAAACAUUAAAUUGUCAUUCAGUUCUUUUGACCUUCAGCCCAGAUCUGCAGAUGGGGAAUGUACAGAUUAUGUUGCAGUUUUCCGUAAACAGUUGAAAAAGGAAGCAGGAGUUGUUCCUGAGGCAAGGAUCUGUGGAAGCGCCCUACCAGACUCUAUGCAGAUAGAAGAGUCAUCAAUGACAGUGCAGUUUGUUUCUGACUCAAUAACUGGUUUCUAUUCAGGCUUUUCUCUCCAUUAUGAAACCAACUUCAAAGAGAGUUCUUCUGUUUCCCAAGCCACUGCUGGCAUUGUUGCUGCUGUCUUCUGUGCAAUAGUCUUUAUUGGAGUUGGUAUGCUGCGCUGCAUUAUGUUAGGAGGAUGCAACUGUGGUGGUAGAGAUCUGAGAGACAAUAAUCAUAACCAACAGGUGAUUGGUCACAGUGAAUCAUAUACAUAUCAAGGGGAUUUUCCUCCUUCUUACAGCACAGUCAUGCAUCAUCCAGAGAGAUAUCCCACACCAGAAUCCAGCCCCAGGGCACAGAACAGUAACGUACCACCACAUCAGAACCUGAAUGGAAGAACAUUUUCUGUUGGAUCAAGCAGCAGCUCUGAUGAGGAUGAUGAGGAUUUUCCUCCCCCACCCUACCCAGGCAAUGUCACUCAAGGAGCUGAUGGUGAUGUUGAUGUCGAUGAUGUAAAUACAAAUAAUUCAACAGAAAAUGGACCAAACACUGUUAACAAUAAUGAUGAAAUGAAUACAAAUAUCACUGAAGAACACUCAAGUUAUCCUGAAGCUACAACUGUUGAUGUGGCUGAUGAAGAUACAAAUAGUGCAUCAUGUGAUGAACCCAACAUUGUUAGCAAUGAUGAUGAAGUGACUGUGAAUUUGAAUGAAGAGCAAUCAAGGGAAGAUGGUGUUAAUUCUCAUGAGGUUCCUCCUUCAGAGGUUGGAGUAGAGCAGAGUUCCUCGACAGCUGGAACUGAAGAUAUUGUGUUGGAUGUAGACACAACAGCACACAGCAGCCAACAAGAAGGCAAUAGAGAAAACUGUGAAACAUCACAAACUGGUGAAAUACUUGAAGAGAUAGAAAGUUUUGUUUGAAAAUGUUUGAUCAACCUACUCCAAAUUUGUGGCUUUUAAUUUACUGGGCAUUCCUCACAUCUAAAAUUUAGAUGAUAAAAGUUACUUAAUCUUCCUUCAGUUUCUCUUAACACUUAGGGUACUUCACACUCCUUCAUAAGGAUAGUCCUAUUCUUACUAUUUAGAUAGCAAAGAAGCCUCUAAUCAACUAAGCCUUCACUUAAGUAAUGGAAGAUAUACUUUUAUAUUUGAAAGCUCAACCCGAAAAUUCUUUAGUUGUUGUCAUAACUCAAAAUAUGAAGUCACUCUGAGUUGUCUUUUUAUUAUUUUUUUAAGCCUUUAGUCAUAGCUCUUGGAUUUAUUUCAUCAAUGUCUAUCCCUUUCAAUGAUGUACAGUAAAACUGAAUGAACUUUUGAUUUCAUUCCACUUUGCAAUUAUCCCAUUUCCUAUGAAUGGUGUCUUGGUUAGGAGUUUGUGUGGAACAACUUU